UGUAUGGUUUAAUUUCUAUAUGCGUUUCUGAUUGAGAUUGAGCUGGGGUUUGUUUAUUGAGUUAUGCAUUUCCUUCAAUGGGUGUUAAUUUGAUAUGGUUUUUUUGAGUUUCUAUAUUGUAUGAUUUUCAAAUUUUCUCAUCUGGGUUUUGUGUUUCAUUGCCUGAUCUUUUGUUCUUUCUGGCAAUCGUGUCGUUAUCAAUGGUUUCAUGUCAAACAUGGAUUCCUAUAAAAUAAGGAUUCCAGCUUGUUUGAUUUAUUGUUUGGUCUUUGGUCGAUUUUCUUGAUGUAUCCGUUCUGUAUUUUAAGAUACUAUUAAUGUUGUCUUUCUUGCAACUAAUUUAAUGUUUCGGUUAUGUUUAUAUUGAAUUUUAAAGUUAGUUAUUGAUGAAACAGCAGCUUAUUAAGUCUGAAAUCUGGAUUCAUUUGCAAAAAGUCAUCAAUUACAAGUAUAAAGGAUAUAUUUUUUCUGUGGCCAUUGAGACUGGAAUGUGCAAGGAAUGUUAAUUUGAACCCAUGAUAAGGGUUUGGAAUGGGUGCUUUAAGCAUGGAGAAGAAGUGGAUUUUUCCGCUCAUCGUAAGCUCUCUCAUAUGUGUAUUCCUUUUAGCUACUUCCUUCAACGUGGGUCUCAUCUCUUCGUUACACCCAAUCAAUUCAUUCUUCUCGAUAUUCCCAUCUCGAACAAACCAGACAGAACUAGCUUUUGCAGAAACAAAGAUGUCGCGAACUCCACCUCCUCCUCUUGCUCCCACAAUUCCUCGUUUUGCCUAUUUGAUUUCAGGGUCGAAAGGUGAUUUGGAAAAGCUUUGGAGAACUCUAAAGGCAUUGUAUCAUCCACGGAAUCAGUAUGUUGUUCAUUUGGAUCUAGAGUCACCAGCAAAAGAAAGAUUGGAGCUUGCUUCUCGAGUGGAGAAAAAUCCAGUUUUCUCAAAGGUUGGGAAUGUCUACAUGAUCACCAAAGCCAACAUGGUGACUUAUAGAGGACCUACGAUGGUUUCUAAUACACUUCAUGCUUGUGCCGUUCUUCUGAAGAGGAGUAAAGAUUGGGACUGGUUCAUCAACCUCAGUGCUUCUGAUUAUCCUCUCGUGACUCAGGAUGAUCUUCUUUACACCUUUUCAAAAUUAAACCGAAAUCUAAAUUUCAUCGAGCAUUCAAGUCAUCUUGGCUGGAAGGAGAAUAAAAGAGCAAUGCCUUUGAUUAUAGACCCUGGCCUCUACUCGUCAAAAAAGAAAGACGUAUACCUGGCCUCGCCUCGGAGAACUUUGCCGACAUCUUUCAAAUUAUUUACUGGAUCAGCAUGGAUGGUAUUGACGCGUUCAUUUGUAGAGUACUUAAUCUGGGGUUGGGACAAUCUACCUAGGACUCUUCUAAUGUACUACACAAACUUCGUCUCGUCCCCUGAAGGUUACUUUCACACAGUUAUAUGCAAUGUCCCAGAAUAUGCUCAGACAGCCGUCAAUCAUGACUUGCACUACAUUUCCUGGGACAAUCCCCCGAAGCAGCACCCUCACGUCCUUUCGCUUAAUGACACGGAUAAGAUGAUUGCUAGUGGUGCUGCCUUUGCUAGGAAAUUUAGAGGGAAUGACCCUGUCUUGGAUAGGAUUGACAAGGAUUUACUUGGCCGGAAGAAUGGAAGCUUUACGCCUGGUGGUUGGUGUGCCAAUCACCCCAAAUGCUCUGAGAUUGGUGAUCCAUCCAAGAUCAAACCUGGUCCUGGAGCUCAAAGGCUUCGACGCCUCAUUGCUAGGUUGGCAAUGACGGCUAAAGUUGUUCAAAAUCAGUGUAGAUAGAUUGCAGAAACAGAUAGAGUUGUACGAGUUGAACGACAUAUGAGUGCAGUUUUUGCUCUGCGGUGCUGCCCUGCCAUCAUUGAAUUGAACCGUUGUUGGCUUCGACAAUAUCUUAAGAAUCCCAAUUCAUUGCCAUGGCCAGAAUCACAUAAGGCUUUUGGUUUGUUAUACUUUAACUAAACUUUGACUUACAUUACAUAUAAUCUGGUAUUUCAUUCAGUAACAGUUUCCUUCUAUGUCCAUUUCGAAUAUCUUGGCUUCACAAUGGUCUUAGAUAUUUUGGUAUUAGAUAUACUCUAAUGCCUUAUUUAGAACAGAUUAAUCUCUAGAAAUAAGGGUACAAGAAUAAGAGUCUAAGGUACGAAUUUUACGCCCUUUUGAAAUUAUUUUUCCUUUCUAUUAACAGGAAAGAGUUGCUGUACCUGUAUCUGGUGAUUGUGAACAUAAAUUUCCUUUGAAUUAGAUUUUGUUUUUAAUCUUUUUUGGUGCA